AUGGUUGAGACGAGACGUAGCUCUUCCGCUUCGAAGCGGUUCUGUUCUUCUCCUUCAUCCCCUGAACCGUCUUCUUCCUCUCCACGCCCCACCAAGCGAUCUAAGGUCAAGAUCGAUGCCGCUAUUGAAUCUGCGGCGGCGGCGGCGGCUGAACCGGCGGGGUCUUCGUCGGCAAGCGAGAUUCCGGUUGAGAAUCAAGGACCGGUUUCGGAUCCUGGAUCGGAAUCUGGAGAACCGGAGCUUGGAUCCUCUGAUCCGCAAGGUGUGGAUGCGGAGAAGCCUGUUUUAACUGAUGUGCCUGUGAUGGAGAUCUCUCCUGAAGCUGAUGCUAACCCUGAAGGCGAUGUCUUGGCGACACCUACUAUUGCAGGUGAAGUGGUGGCGGAUGGUGAGAAGUCGAAGGCGGGGAAGAAGAGAGCUAAUAAGGCUCCUUGGGCAAAGCUACUUUCUCAGUAUUCUCAGAACCCACACCGUAUCAUGAGGGGCCCGGUGUUCACUGUUGGACGCCGAGGAUGUGAUUUAUCUAUCAAAGACCAAUCUAUGCCCAGCACCCUGUGUGAAAUCAAGCAGUCUGAUCACGGAGGUCCAUCGGUUGCAACUUUGGAGAUAACGGGGAACGGAGUUCUCGUUCAGGUGAAUGGCAAGUGUUACCAGAAAAGCACUUGUGUUCAUCUUCGUGGUGGUGACGAGGUGAUCUUCACCAAUUUUGGGAGACAUGCUUAUAUAUUUCAACCUCUUAAAGAUGAGAAUUUAGCUGCUCCUGACAGAGCUUCUUCAGUGAGUGUAUGUGAAGCUAGAGGUUCACCUCUGGCAAGAGCAGGAGACCCCUCAGCUGCUGAUGGAGCCUCUAUCUUAGCAUCUCUAUCGAAGUACCGCAACUUCCAUCUCCUACCACCAAUUGCUAAAUCUGCCAAAAGGCAGCAAACUCCUGAGGCUCCUGUGGUACCUACGAGUUGCAAUGAUUGCAUCUCAGAUACUGAAAUGAACGAUGCUGAUAGUAACAAUGAUCAUGCUGAUAUUGCUUCUGUGGAGAACACUGCUGCUGCUGCCAGUGAGAAUCUGAAUGCUGAUGGCAGUGGAUUGGAUCCAUUUCAAGAAGCAGCUGAUGGUGGAAACACUCCUGGUUCUGGUUAUGAAAUUAGACCAAUCUUGCGCCUUCUUGGAGAACCUUCGUCAGUUGAUAUAAGGGGCAUCUCCAAAUUGCUGGAUGAGCGAAGAGAAGUGCGAGAACUCCUUAGGGAAUAUGACCUUUCAUCUACCAUAUCAACAAGACGCCAGGCGUUUAAGGAUAGCCUGCGAGGAGGAGUACUUAAUGCUCAAGACAUAGAGGUUUCUUUGGAGAGCUUCCCAUAUUUUCUAAGUGCGACGACGAAAGAUGUUUUGAUAGCGUCGAUGUAUGUUCAUAUGAAGGGUGGAAGUAAGUUUGCUAAGUAUGCAUCAGACUUGUCUACUACGUGUCCCCGUAUCUUACUCUCUGGACCAGCAGGCUCUGAGAUAUAUCAGGAAAUGUUAGCAAAAGCACUUGCAAAAAGGUUUGAGGCCAAAUUGAUGAUCGUUGACUCUCUUUUGUUGCCUGGGGGAUCACCAUCCAAGGAAACCGAAUCUUCUAAAGAAGGUUCUAGGCGUGAAAGGCUCUCUAUGCUUGCUAAACGAGCCGUUCAGGCCGCACAGGCAUUGCAGCAUAAGAAACCAACUUCAAGUGUGGACGCUGAUAUAACAGGUGGCUCAACAUUGAGUUCUCAGGCUUUACCAAAGCAAGAAGUGUCAACAGCAACUUCUAAAAGCUACACAUUUAAAGCAGGUGACCGAGUAAAGUAUGUAGGUCCUUCAUCUUCUGCUAUUUCUUCUCUUCAAGGCCCACCUCUUAGGGGACCGACCAUUGGUUUCCAGGGAAAAGUGCUCCUUGCAUUUGAAGACAACUGUUCAUCAAAAGUUGGAAUCAGAUUCGAUAGGCCUGUGCCAGAUGGCAAUGAUCUUGGUGGCCUGUGUGAAGAGGACCAUGGCUUUUUUUGUGCUGCUAGCUCACUUCGUUUAGAUGGUUCUUCCAGUGACGACGCUGAUAAACUCGCCGUUAAUGAAGUUUUUGAGGUCGCACUUAGUGAGAGUGAAGGAGGGUCGUUAAUACUGUUCCUGAAAGAUAUUGAGAAGUCUCUGGUUGGGAACAGUGAUGUGUAUGCAACCUUGAAGAGCAAGUUCGAGAAUUUACCGGACAAUAUUGUUGUCAUGGCCUCACAAACCCAGUUGGACAGCCGAAAGGAGAAAUCCCAUCCUGGAGGUUUCUUGUUUACCAAGUUCGGUGGCAACCAGACGGCAUUACUAGAUCUUGCAUUCCCGGAUAAUUUUAGUAAACUGCAUGACAGGAGCAAAGAAACGCCUAAAUCGAUGAAACAAAUAACUCGGCUGUUUCCUAACAAAGUCGCCAUCCAGUUACCUCAGGAUGAGGCUUUGCUCUCGGACUGGAAGGAGAAACUGGACCGUGAUACAGAGCUUUUGAAGGUUCAGGCUAAUAUAACAAGCAUCCUAUCUGUCCUCACCAAAAAUCGGCUGGACUGCCCUGACCUUGGAACCUUGUGCAUCAAAGAUCAAACUCUUCCUUCUGAAAGUGUUGAGAAAGUUGUUGGCUGGGCUUUAAGCCACCAUCUUAUGAAUUGCGCAGAACCUACAAUUAAAGACAACAAGCUUGUUAUCUCAGCAGAAAGCAUUACAUAUGGCCUGCAGAUGUUACAGGGAGUUCAGGAUGAAAACAAGAGUCUAAAGAAAUCCCUCAAGGAUGUUGUGACAGAGAACGAAUUUGAGAAAAAACUCUUAUCAGAUGUCAUUCCCCCUAGCGAUAUAGGUGUUUCUUUUGAUGAUAUUGGGGCUCUAGAGAAUGUGAAAGACACACUGAAGGAGUUGGUGAUGCUUCCUCUUCAAAGACCUGAAUUAUUUGACAAAGGGCAGCUAACUAAGCCUACAAAAGGUAUUCUGUUGUUUGGACCGCCUGGUACCGGUAAGACGAUGCUGGCAAAGGCAGUAGCAACUGAAGCUGGAGCAAACUUCAUCAAUAUCUCAAUGUCCAGCAUUACUUCAAAGUGGUUUGGUGAGGGAGAGAAGUAUGUUAAAGCUGUCUUCUCUUUGGCAAGCAAGAUUGCUCCAAGUGUCAUUUUUGUUGAUGAGGUUGAUAGCAUGUUGGGAAGACGUGAAAAUCCAGGGGAACAUGAAGCUAUGCGUAAGAUGAAGAACGAGUUCAUGGUAAACUGGGACGGUUUAAGAACAAAGGAUAGAGAACGAGUUCUGGUACUCGCUGCUACCAACAGACCAUUUGAUCUUGACGAAGCAGUUAUUAGACGGCUUCCCCGGAGAUUGAUGGUGAAUCUUCCAGAUGCGACGAACAGAUCAAAGAUUUUGAGUGUUAUUCUUUCUAAAGAAGAAAUAGCACCUGAUGUUGAUUUAGAAGCCAUUGCAAAUAUGACAGAUGGCUACUCUGGAAGUGACUUAAAGAAUCUUUGUGUAACUGCGGCACAUCUUCCUAUUCGAGAAAUACUGGAGAAAGAAAAGAAGGAAAAAAUUGCAGCCGAGGCUGAAAACCGUCCAACGCCUGCAUUGUAUAGCUGCACAGACAUUCGUCCACUGACAAUGGCAGAUUUCAAGGCUGCCCAUGAACAGGUAUGUGCUAGUGUGUCUACGGACUCAUCAAACAUGAACGAGCUUCAGCAAUGGAAUGAGUUGUAUGGAGAAGGCGGAUCAAGGAAGAAGACGUCCUUGAGCUACUUUAUGUAGAAGAGACAGAGAGAAAGAGAGGAGAGAUUUGUUGGUUUUUAUCUCAUUUUGGUCCUUUUUUUAAUUUAUAAAAUAUUUAUGUACAGAAGAGAGAAAGAGUGUUGUUCGGUUUAUUAUCUAAUUCAUUUCCUUUCUCAACAUAAGUUAAACAUUCGCUGUAUAAACUAAUGCAUGCGUAUGUAUAUAGAGGUUCGGAUCUUUUAAGGAUACAAACAUGCUUUUUUACUUUGUUCGUCGCUACAA